AUGCCUAGCUCAAUAACACGUGUUCACGGCUGUCCCGUUUAUUUCGGUGCCGCUGCCAUUAGGAGCAAAAAGACUCUGAAGUACCGUUAUCCUGCUCUUUCCAUUACGCGUGAGAACGAAAACGAGCCAAUGCCUGGAAAUCCAAAAGUGGACAACAAACCUAAGUCAAAAAUUUCAGCAUCUCGAAAACUUUCUUUGAAGAUAAUGCUUCUAAACAGAGCGAUGGAGGAUUUGGAGAAAGAAAAACAGGACAGGGAAGAAGAGAAAAAUUGUUACCUCAAAGAAAAACACCCUCCUUUACAUCUUUCUGGACUCUCUCUGGCAGAGUUACAGAAUCUGUGUAAGCAACUCUAUGCCAAAAUUGAUGUAGUAGAUGAAGAGAGAUACGACUAUGAGGAUAAAGUCAACAAGCACAACAAAGAUAUAAAUGAGCUGAAGUUGAAAGUUCAGGAUCUAGGUGGGAAGUUCAAGAAACCCCCACUGAGGAAGGUGCGUGUGUCUGCUGAUGAGAUGAUGAGGGCCUUGCUGGGGUCCAAACACAAAGGCUCCAUGGACCUCCGUGCAAAUUUGAAGUCAGUCAAGAAGGAGGAUAUCAAGCAAGAAAAGGUCUUGACGACUGAGGUAGGUGACUGGCGUAAAAAUGUGGAAGCCAUGUCUGGAAUGGAGGGAAGAAAGAAGAUGUUUGACACUGCUGGGGGAGGCCAGUAAAGCCCUUCAUAAAACCAGCCUGACCUUCUGGACGGUCUUUUCAGAGAAGAUAUAAAAUGGAAGAGAUGAGAGUGAAGUGUUUUCUUUCUUUGUUGACCUUUCUGAGCGGCUGUUUUUCCAAGCCAAACCAUAAGUAACUGAUAAGUAUUAUUUGACCCCAAAUUUAAAUCCUUCAAUUAUUUACUUAUCGUUUUGUUGAUUCCCACAUUAGUGACAAUGCUCUUAUUCUCAUUCAAAGCUUCAUAAAAGAACAUCCCAUGAUAUUUAUUUCAAGUCUUCUGAAGCUAUGGAUUGCUGUUAUGAUACUUUCAUGUGUCUUUUUUUUCAUAUU